AUGACCGCUCUUCCGGGCGUCUGGAGAGUUAUGGUAGAGUGUUUCCGCAAAAUUGCAGUUCUACAAAAACAGGAUCUUCAGCCGCAGAUCAAAAUCCUUAGUGGGAUCGAGGGAGAGCAGGAUGACCACGAUGCAGCUCAAACCUUUGAGCACGAAAAUGCUUCCUUCCAGUCCUUAAAAGAGAAACAUGAACAACAUGCGACAACAUCUUCACAAGGCUCAGUAUCAAGUACAUCUCCUGAUUGCGACGACUGUUGA